ACAGUACAUGUACUCUCGACGUUCCAUAACCAAGAGAGACCGUGCACGCUUUCCCAUGCAGAUGCAGAUGAAUACGAGCCGGGCGCUUAGUCAUCGCGAUGCCGCCCGUUUUCCCAGACGACCUACAUACAUGCACCACUGCAAAAUCCCCAGACACCCGUCCUCACGCUCCAAUGGCAACAACCGCACGGGCUGGGGCAUCGCGCGCCAGUGCAUCGAUCCUCAACACUCUCACCCCGAAGAAAACAUUACCAGUGAAGGAGACAUGGAAGCAGACCAAAACCAGCCAGGCGAAGAAACUCGCCGCCACAGAGAUGCAUCGGCAACUCUAUCCACACCUAUACAAUGAAGCUGGGAAGCCUACCGUGGCAUUGAAGGGCCAGGCUGGACGAGAGAUACGGAUAAUCAAAACCCGCGAUGGCGAGACAAAACAAUGGGAGAACCCGGCCGACUUUUUCAGGAGGAAAUUGAAGGAACACCACAACACCGCGAAAAUUCCCCGACCCCUACCCAUCAAGAAAGCGUGCCCACACCCCAUCGCCGCCGUCGCCGCUACCCAGCUCACCAAGCUCGAUCCCAACGGCUCGCGCACUCGUCUCUUCGACCGCAACAACCCCGAAUGCGCGCGCGUCGGCGAUAUCCUGCUCGUGCGACUGCGUACCGGUGAACCCUUUGCGGGCGUGUGCAUCAACAUCCGCAGACGCGGCAUCGACACGGCCAUACUUCUCCGUGGGCAAUUGACCCGCGUGGGCGUCGAGGUGUGGUAUAAGGUGUACAGCCCUCUGGUGGAGGGAAUCGAGGUGGUGCAGCGGGCGACCAAGAGAGCCAGAAGGGCGAGACUGACGUACAUGCGCAAGCCCAAGCACGACCGUGGCAGCGUCGAGAAUGUUGUCAGGAUGUAUCUGAGGCAGAAGGCUGCGUUCGGAGCUGUGGGCGCGGAUGGCAAGAUGAAGGGAGGUGCGAAAGCCAGGGCUGCGGCCAUGGCGGGAGGCAAGAAGAAGAAGAAUUCGCGAGGCAAGAAGAGAUAGG